CACUCCAAAAAGAACUGCUCUCAACCGACUGGAGUUCAGCCUGCCAGGCUUCUGGAUUGAAGCAACUCUUUCCUUUACAGGGAGCUACCCGCUACCUAAGGUACUACCUGCUUCUUAGACAAAGGCCUCUGGAGCUCUAGUGGCAGCAGACAGAGAGACUUUGGAGUUGGUGGAACUGCUGAGCACUGUGAGUGAAGAAGAAGAGAUGGCAGACCUGAGAUCCAGCUCCCUGAGGGAACCAGAAAUUGAGCUUUUCGUGAAGGCUGGAAUUGACGGGGAGAGCAUUGGGAAUUGUCCCUUUUGCCAACGCCUCUUCAUGGUCCUCUGGCUCAAAGGGGUUAAGUUCAAUGUGACCACGGUGGACAUGACAAGGAAACCGGAAGAGUUGAAAGAAUUAGCCCCCGGAACCAACCCUCCUUUCUUGGUGUUUAACAAGGAGCUGAAAACAGACUUCAUUAAAAUUGAGGAGUUCCUGGAACAGACCCUGGCUCCUCCAAGAUAUCCACACCUGAGUCCCAGAUACAAGGAGUCCUUUGACGUGGGCAGUGACAUCUUUGCCAAGUUCUCCGCCUACAUCAAGAACACCCAGAAGGAGGCAAAUCAGAAUUUUGAAAAAGCUUUGCUGAGAGAGUUUAAGCGCCUGGAUAACUAUCUAAACAGCCCGCUUUUGGAUGAAAUUGACCAGGACAGUGCAGAUGAAGUUUUGGUUUCCAGAAGAAGGUUCCUGGAUGGGGAUCACCUGACAUUAGCAGACUGCAACCUGUUGCCCAAAUUAAAUAUCAUUAAGGUUGCGGCCAAGAAAUAUCGUGAUUUUGACAUCCCCGCCGAAUUUUCAGGAGUCUGGCGCUAUCUCCACAAUGCCUAUGCUCAGGAGGAGUUCACCCACACGUGUCCUGAUGACAAGGAGAUUGAAUGCACGUACGCCAGUGUUGCUAAGAAGAUGAGCUAGAAAUUAAAGACUGUGUGUUUCUGGA